CUAUAAUUCGCGACUAAACUAAUAUAUUUGUUUAAUAUUAAAUAUUAAACAUUUAAGCUAUGCAUACCAUUUGCACUUCUGCGCUUUACUUAUAAGCGUCGAGACAAUGAAGGCACAUUCUGUGAAAGCGACUCUAAGAAUUAUAGACAGGGCUGCUACCUUGGAGGCACUAAGCUUAUUUUGACAGUCGGCCCCAAUUUUUCACUAUUGGUGAGAGCUUUCCUCAUCCACCACUGCUUCAUUCACGAAGCACGAAGCCGAUGAGAGUGAAAACAUUAAGUCAGCGCUACUACUAUAUACCUCAUGUAUUAGGUACUCUUAUUUUUAAUUUUCAAUGUUCGACUCCGUAUUAGAGUCUACCUUGUCUUUCUUUCAAGUCUUUGACUAAAGCAUCAUGGCAUCGUUGCCGGCGGGGACAACCCCUCGCCUCGUUGUGUACCACCAGACUAUCCACGAUUCCAACAGUAACCAUAUCUCAAUAUUGCCCUUAAUCACGAAGCCUGACAUAUCGAUUACACACCUGAUCGUGGCCGCCAUCCACAUCAACGAAAAUCCAAAUGGCUUAACACUCAAUGACCAUCCCCCCUCAGACCCGCGAUACAUUACCAUGUGGGCAGAGAUGCGCAUUGCUCAAGCUAGCGAUAUCAAGGUCCUUGGUAUGUUAGGCGGAGCGGCUAAGGGUUCUUAUACUCGACUCGAUCAAGAUCAGGAGACCUUUGAGAAGUACUACGGUCCUCUCUACGAUCUUAUCCGAGAAAGAGAUCUGAACGGCCUCGACUUAGAUGUUGAAGAGCAAAUGUCGCUAGGGGGCAUCGUGCGCCUUAUCGAUAGACUCAGAGCGGACUUCGGUCCCGACUUCAUCAUUACUCUUGCGCCGGUCGCAACAGCUCUCCUCGAUCCAAGACGUAAUCUUAGCGGCUUCGAUUAUGAGGCCCUAGAAGUUAUGCGCGGGAAGCAAAUUGCUUGGUAUAAUGCCCAGUUCUAUUGUGGAUGGGGCGAUGCUAGUACUCCCGUAAUGUAUGAAAUGUGCAUCGCAAGAGGCUGGCCGCCGGAAAAGGUUGUCGUUGGUCUUGUGACGGCGCCAGAUAACGGACCCGGCUGGGUGCCUUUCGAAGUUUUGGGACCGACGCUGGCAGUCCUGCGUCACCAGUUCUCUAAAUUUGGAGGUGUCAUGGGAUGGGAAUACUUCAAUGGCCUGCCAGGAGGCAAAGAGCGACCUUGGGAAUGGGCUCAGCGCAUAACGAAGCUGUUAGGUGACACUCGAGUUUGGGACACAGAAAGUACCAACGUAAAGAAGGCUCAUGGUAGAGGGGUUGUCGAAAUAGAUCCGGACGCUGGUAAUGGUCCGGAUCUAGAGAUUCCUCAAAGUUUCGAGUAUUACUCUGAUGGCUUGGAUGAGGAUGCCAACUAAGUUGGUCUUGGUACGGAAUGAGUCACUAUAGGUGCGUCAGGGUCGUACUUAGAAUUGCAUGUGUUGCCCAAGUCUCGUAGUGACUGUAUAGACCGUCAAGGAGAACACUCAUAUUGCCCAUGUCAGGACAAUGCCAUCCUAAAGCGGGAUCGCAAAUGAUGAAUUCCAACAUUCAGCGCAUUUUAACAGCGUAUAUAGAUUCACCACGAUUUAUUAUG